AUGGUGUGGAUUUGGUUGGCAGCGGCACUGCUGGGUAUCGGCACAGCGCUAACGCCACCGACUUGUGAUCCGGCAGUAGUGUCGUUCGUUUCGGACCCGACCAGCUGCACCCAGUACUACACCUGCUACAACGGCGUGGCCACUCUGCAGACGUGCCCGGAUCAAAAGUACUUUGACGCUACGCGGAUGCUGUGCGACGUGCCGGAAUAUGUGAACUGCGUUGUGGAUCCUUGCGCCGCUACCACCGGUGUUACUUCGUUGCCCAUUGCGAACUCAUGCACCGCCUAUACGCUUUGCGUCGAGGGUACCGGUUACCAGGUGACAUGUGCCAGCGGGACGCUAUACGAUGAGACGUACGGCGAUUGUGUCCUGGCCGGGGCCAGCUCGUGUGUGGAGAAUCCUUGCCUUUCGCUCGAUCCGGCCACCGCCACACCGACCACGUUCUAUCCUGUGUCGAACUCGUGCACAAAGUACAUCAUCUGUAACAAGCAGGAGGCAGUGGUGCGGGAGUGCGUCGGUAGCAACGUCUUCAAUCGUGUCGAAGCCAAAUGUGUUCCAAAGGCAAGUUACACUUGCCCCGCGGGCACGGCUUGAGGGCGAGAUUG